UUUUUGAUCAUCAUCAUUUCUGUUCCAUCACGAAUGAACCGACUUCGAGGCAACAGCGGACCAACGCAGCAGCAGCAGUUCCAGCAGCAGCAAGCGCUGGCCAUGGCUGAGCAGGAGCUCGAGGCCUUCAGCGACCUCUUCUCACGAAUGACACACGGCUGCUGGACCAAGUGCAUUGCCAAUAAUUACGCCGACGGAUCGCUGGCCAAGGGCGAGACGGUGUGCAUUGACCGAUGCGUUGCCAAGUUUGCCGAAGUUCACACACGAAUUGGCCAAAGUUUGGCAGAGAUGCAGCAGGCACAACAGGGUGCAGCACCAGCAGCGCCGCAAUAGUGUGGUGUGGUUGUUGUGUGUUUGUGAUGCUCGGAGAUCUGCAUUGGAAGGCGUGUGGGUGUUUACAGUACUGUAUUUCGACCUUUUUUCUGAUGGAAGCAGGAAUAAACGCGGCUCGAUAACUCUACAA